AUGAAGGAAGAUGGGGCACCUUGCCAUCGCUCCAGGGAUGUCACAGAGCGCCUCACCCAGCUCUUCGGUGAUCGAGUGAUAUCCCUCGAUCAGGAAGUUGAAUGGCCUCCACGUUCACCUGACAUGACGCCUCUCGACUUCUUCUUGUGGGGAUGGCUCAAGGCCAAUGUCUACACCACACCUCCCGACACACUGGAUGAUAUCAAGGAGAAAAUCACCCAUGAGAUUGAUGUCCUUCGUCAGGACAGAGCCACAGUCAGGAGAGCUGUUCUGGACAUGCUGAAACGGGCAAGAUCGUGUAUCGAGAGAGAAGGUGGACAUGUCGAUCAUUAA